AUGACCGUCCCUGCAGUCGCCAACGGCAGCGGCCACACCGCCUCGAGCUCGACCGCCUCCUCCUCCCAGAAUGAUGCCGGCCACCACGCCGCCGCCUUCCAGGGCUUCUCCACAAAGGCGAUUCACAUCGGUUCGGAGCCCAACCCCGCGACCGGAGCCGUCAUCCCCCCCAUCAGCCUGAGCUCCACCUUUGCCCAGGACGGCAUCGGCAACCACAAGGGCUACGAGUACUCCCGAUCCGGCAACCCCAACCGCGACUCGUUUGAGCGCGCCGUCGCCGCCCUCGAGAACGGCACCCGCGGCCUUGCCUUUUCGUCUGGAUCGGCCGUCACGGCCACCAUCCUCAACUCGAUGCCCGCCGGCUCCCACGUCGUCAGCGUCAACGAUGUCUACGGCGGCACCUACCGCUACUUUACCAAGGUCGCCACCGCCUCGCAGGGCAUCACCACCAGCUUUGUCCAGAUGGACGGCGCAAAAGACGAGGUCAAGGAGCGCGUCAACCAGGCCAUCCGCAAGGAGACGUCGCUCGUCUGGAUCGAGACGCCGACCAACCCCACGCUCCGCGUCAUUGACGUCCCCCUGAUUGUCAGCCUGGUCCGCUCCCACCCGCUCGCAUCGCCCGACGUCAAGAUUGUCGUCGACAACACCUUCAUGAGCCCCUGGUUCCAGAACCCGCUCGACCUCGGCGCCGACCUGGUGAUGCACAGCGUCACAAAGUACCUCAACGGCCACAGCGACGUCGUCAUGGGCAUCGCCGCCCUUAACGACGACGAGUGGGCCGACCGCCUGGCGUUCCUGCAGAACUCGAUUGGCGCCGUCCCCUCGCCCUUCGACAGCUGGCUCGCGCUGCGCGGCCUCAAGACGCUGUCGCUGCGCAUGAAGGCGCACGGCGAGUCGGCGCUCGCCAUUGCCCAGUACCUCGACUCGCACCCGGCCAUCGAGACGGUCAUCUACCCCGGCCUCCCCUCGCACCCCGGCCACGAGGUGGCCCGCCGACAGGUGACCAAGCGUGCCCGCUCGGCGCACACGGCGUCGACCGAGAGCGGCGCGUUCCCCUACGGCGGCAUGGUGUCGUUCCGCCUCAAGGUGGACCCAUCGGACGACGCCCCGGCGGACAAGGUGCUGUCGAGCCUGCGGAUCUUUACGCUGGCCGAGUCGCUCGGUGGCGUCGAGAGCCUGAUUGAGCUGCCCAGCAAGAUGACGCACGGCAGCGUCGCGCUCGAGGACCGGAUCCGACUGGGCAUCGGCCACAACCUGAUCCGAGUCAGCGUCGGCCUCGAGGAGACUUCGGACCUCAUCGAGGACCUGCGACAGGCGCUGGCCGCCGCUGGCCUCUGA